AUGGUUCAGAAUUCCACAGAUGAUUUGGUUGCUGCAAUUAACACUUACAAUGGUAAGAAGUACACAAACAAUGGAGGAAGCAAACCAAAAUGCACAUUUUACGGGAUGAUUGGACACACUAUUGACAAGUGUUACAAAAAGCACGGCUACCCCCCGGGGUGGGUGCCGGGCUUCAAAUCCAAAGCCAAGCAUCACGGAACAGCCUCUGUGGUGAAUAAUGUGACAGACCUAGGUGUCACAAGUGGUCAGUUUCAAAAACUUAUGGCAGCCAUUCAGAAUCAGAUGAGACAACCUUCUAGUUAUGGUACUGCAACAUCUAUUUCUCUAAUUCCCAAGUUCAAUGAGGACAACAGAGAAGAUUCUGGAGCCACUGAUCACAUUGCAUGUUCCCUUGAGACAUUUGAUGAGUAUUAUGUGGUUGAAAGGGAUGAAGUUAGCCUACCUACUGGGGAACUGUGCUUGAUUCAGGAACCUCUUGUGAUGACGGUUGGUUUAGCUAAACAGGAAAAAGGGUUGUACCACAUGAUGAAGACACCACUGAAUUCCAUUCUUGAUCACAGGAAAUUGGUUAUGCAAUUGGAUGAUUUUUCAAGGUUCACCUGGCUGCACUUGAUGAAAAGGAAAUCAGAAGCCAAAGAGUUAAUAAAACAGUUCCACAGUUUUGUAUUUACUCAAUUCGGAGCCUUGAUCAAAGUUUUGCGAAGUGAUAAUGGCCUUGAGUUUGAUAUGAAGGAGUUCUUUGGGGAUAAAGGCAUUAUUCAUCAAACGUCGUGUGUUAAUACUCCACAACAAAACGCUGUGUUCCCUUUCUCUGAGCAGCCACAACAAUUGUCACAGGCUCCCAUUCCCCCUCUGCCAAAAAUUCCUUUGAUAACAAAUGAAGAGAAUGGGGUGCAGUCCAUGCACGGUGAUAUGCAGUUUGCUGGACAUGCAGUUGAGCAAGAAGCAGAUGAUGAAAGCUAUCGAGCAGAUGUUCAUAAUUCUGUCAGUCCACCCUCACAUAAUUCCACUUAUAAUGAGACAGUUGGUACAGCCACAAGCUAA